AUGAAAAAUUUGGGAAUGGUUAAGGACGAACUUACUACUUCAGCAGGAUUUGUACUAGAAUACAGGAUAAAGCCGGUCCCAUCUGUACGAUUACUAGAUCAUGAUCCUGAUCCAAUUGAUGAUCAUGUCAUCUAUAAAGCUAAGCUCAUCCCAGAAUUAGCCGAGAAAGCAGAUUUGGAUGGUUUUAUAUCAAUGGAAGAUUUCAAAGCAUAUGUCGCCCCCAAGGCCUUCUCAGAUUGGAAAGCGAAAUGUGGCGUUGCCAAAGACUGCUCCGUAGAAAUCCCAUCGAUUCCAUAUUAUAUGGAACUACAAAACAGUGCCAAUACCUUACCUCUCCUCUCACUUUCUGUCUUUGUAAUUGUGUAUUUGCUGAAUAUAAUUUGA